UCGGCCGGUCCUCAUCAUCUCUACCUCCUCCUCCUCCUCUUUUUCUUCCUCCUCCCUUGCACUCUCCCAUUCGGUCUCCAUCAGUCUUCAUGGUUCUGAUCUCACCCCACACCAUGCAAGCCACCCGGGCGUCCACCACCGUCAGUGUGUUAGCGGACUGCAGCGUCCCGGCCGGGCUGCGGAUAGGACCGGUACCGGGCGUCUUCAAACUCGGGAAGUACGUGUCGGACCGCAAGGAAGUUGGACCCAAGAAGAAGAUCCGCUUGGUGCGGGGGGACUUCGUGGAUGAGUCGGGCUGUCCCGUGCCGGACUGGAUCGGAUUGAUCCGCGCGGCCAGGAGCAGCCAAGAGCAAAACUUGGAGGCAGUGUCGGACUUACCUGGAGGACAGAUUUUCUACCGCGUGCUGAGAGAAAUACCCGCAGGAGAGGAGCUCUGUGUUUGGUACUCCAACGCUCUGGCCCAGUGGUACGACAUCCCUACGACGGCCACUCCCACGCACGACGAGAAAGGUGAGGAGCGCUACAUCUGCUGGUACUGCUGGAGAAUAUUCAAGUACCCGAACACGCUCAAAGCUCACGUCCACUUCCACUGUGCCCUGAGUAACGGGCGAGGGUUUGUGACCAGCGAGCAGGCCAGAGGCACAGAGACCUUCAGCAGGUCGCCGAAAUCCGGAGACAUCCCCAACACCUCCACCUCUCCGAGAACCGGCCACAGCAACACGUCAAUCUCAGAAUCGGGCAGGCGGGCGGUAUCCUCCUCGCCAUUCCCGCACAAGGCGGGGCAGUCGAAGAAAAGCAAUGCCGAGGAUCAGGACAGGGCCCUCGACAUGAGCGUCACCUCAGCCCGAAACCAAGGACACAUCCUCGGCUUCGGCCCCACAUCGUCAGUGCUGAGCAGCAUGGGCUUCCACCCGGGCGUGCGCUCGGCCUUCAAACCCACCGGCGUCGCCAAGGUCCCGGGCGCGGAGGCCACCAGAGAGGACGCAAACGGGAAGCUGGGCGGCCUGGCAAUCAGCAAGCUCACCGGGAACCUGAAGCCUAUGCGCAACGCGGGCGAGGCUCUAAACGGAGGAGGGAGCCACCCUCCCAAGUGCGCACCCGCAAUCGUGGACUCCUCGUCUCCAAUGGUGCCGUGCACGAACACAAUUCGGGGGUUCCCGUUGCUGCCUCACAUGGAGGAGACCUCGGCUUUCAAGCACGUGGACAGUCGGAUGCACUCCGGCCUGUCCCAGUCCCGCUACCCCCAGAUGCCCCCCGGACUCCACUUUGAGCGCUUUUCCCUGCCUCACUUCGACGGUGUCAAGGCGUAUGGCGGAGACUGUAACAUCCCACUCAUGCCCCUCACAGUCUACAACGGGGAGCUUCUGUACAGCUCGCCGUACUACCCGCUCAAGUUCCACUUCAGCAACCUCCUCAAGUACCCGGAGUCCAUGUCCUACUUUGGCGCACCCUCGCUGAACCACGACCUGGGCUCGAUCACCAACAUCGACCGGGAGAUCGCAAUGCACACGCAGCAGUUAUCCGAGAUCACCGCGGAGAAGAACCGGACGAGGAUGGACUCGAUGCCCGCCGGGAGCACCAGCAACGCCGGCUCUGCCAAACCGAAAAAGGGACACCUGUGCCUGUACUGUGGUAAGCUGUACUCGAGGAAGUACGGCCUUAAAAUCCACAUGAGGACUCACACCGGCUACAAGCCGCUCAAGUGUAAAGUGUGCUUCCGGCCGUUCGGCGACCCCAGCAACCUGAACAAACACAUCCGCCUCCACGCGGAGGGGAACACGCCGUACAGGUGCGACUUUUGCGGGAAGGUGCUGGUGCGGAGGCGGGACCUGGAGAGGCACGUCAAGUCCAGGCACCCGGGGCAGACCGUUAAGAAACUGGACGAGAAAGCGAGCGGCCUGUUCGAGGACGCGGAGCCAAAAAGCGACAAUGACAGUGACGUGGACGUGUGUUUCACCGACGACCAGAGCGACCAAGAGUCGAGCAAAAACACUGACUGAGAUGCGUCCGUGGCCAGCGAGGCCGCUCAAUGACUUUUAAAUUAUGUAAACGAGGAGUCGUGAUUAUCCGUGUUUGUACAUUUGAGACUGGACCCCUUCGAACGAUGACACAAAAAUGUCUAAAUUGAAUUAUUACUCUUUCACAUGUUUGUUUUUAACAAAAAUAAGCAAAAUAAUGUCUGCUAGUGGUGCUGCGGACAAUUUCGUUAAAUGCAAAAAGAAAUAUCUCAAUUAUUAUCUCUCUUCAUAUGCUGCCUAUCGAAAUCCUAACAGUUCCACAAAACCACCAAAACAGCUGCACACAAAACGAAAACAAUGAUCCAACAUCACAAGCAUGUCUUUUGAGAGAAGUAUUCAAGUGACAAAAUCACCUCAGAUGUAUAUUUAUGGCGGUGUAAAAAGGGUAGCAGUUGUCUCCUAUAAUGCCCCCCCCCCCCC